CAUCCUCACCAAGGUAAUCUUCAUCCUUCCUCUUUCUAAUUUUCAGGGAAGGAUGGAAGAAAAUACCUUCGUGUCGUUGUUUCUUUCUCUUGUGCUUCUUCAGCUCUGUAUAAAAUCUCAAUCUCAGCUUGUACCUGCCCUUCAUAUAUUCGGAGACUCCGCGGUUGAUGUCGGCAAUAGUAUUUACUUGAACACGUCCUUCCGAGCCGAUUUUGCUCCCUACGGCAUCGAUUUCGUUGUUGGGCAAACUGGGCGAUUCUCAAAUGGUGUCUCGAUCACCGAUGUCUUAGGUACGGCACUUGGGGUAGACCUUGCGUAUCCCAUUGUCAAUGGCACCAACACGAUUAAUUUCCUCUAUAACAAAAACCAAGCUUUCAAUUAUGCUUAUGGAACAGCAGGCAUUCUUCCCGAGACAGGAGAGGCAACGGGAGAGACAUUGAGCUUGGGGCAACAAGUUGGAUUGUUCAAGCAGACAGUAGAGAUCUACUUGCCUCAACAAUUCAAGAGCUCACAAGAAAUCUCACGGUACAUUUCCAACUCCUUGUUCGUGGUCUUCACCGGCAGCAACGAUUACAUCCACAAUUAUCUUCAACCCAGUCAGUACAACAGCAGUCGCCAAUACAAUGACGAAAAAUUCGCUGAUCUCCUGGUAACAGAAUAUGGAAAUCAGCUGUCGGAAUUACACACUUUGGGGGCAAGAAGAAUGGUCGUGUUCGAGAUUCCUCCGCUCGGCUGCUACCCCAUUGUGCUUGAACGCAUCAAAUCCAACACCAGAUGCGUGGAAAACGUUAAUAACAUGGUAACCAUUUUCAAUGACAAGCUGGGAGCUAAGGUGAAAGAGCUGAGCUCCACAUUGAAAGAUACAACUAUUAUUCUUGCCAAAACCUAUGAACUUGUCUACGAUAUGAUCAACAAUUCUUCCACCUACGGGUUGGAGGAGGCAGCAAAGCCAUGCUGUGUAGUUGGGAAAGAUGGAAGUGGGCUGUGUGUUCCCGAGAAGACUCCAUGUGAGAAGAGAAACACAACUUUGUUUUGGGAUCAAGCCCACAUCAGUGAAGCAGCGAAUACGAUUAUUGCUGUCAAAGCUUUCAAUGGUUCGGGCCUCAGCACGCCAGCAAACAUUGUUGAUGCUAUUAAGUCUGCUAAAUCUACUCCUACUGCACACAAUGGGACUGGCCCAAACUCUGUGUCAUAUUUGAACAUCUUGCUAGUUUUGGCCUUCUUUGUUGUAUUAUCAUAUUUGUAACAAGUUCAUGGUUCUGGCAAUAAAUAAACAUUCCAUUGGAGUCUCCUAA